CUCUCUUCCAGGGGACCGGGUUCAUUCAAACCGGAUUCAAACCUGAUUUAAACCUGACUCAAACACCGGCUUUUUUUUUUCCACAGCCGCUCCUCUCAUCCACCGUCCUGCUCCACCUGAUCGGGUGUCUCUCUGAAAGCUUUUCACCCCGUCGCCCUGUCACCAUGUCCGGGAAAGUUAAGAGCCGGAGCGCCGCGAACUCCGACAAAAUCUCUGUCGGCGUGUCCUGCGACGAGCGCAUCCUGCGGGAUUGUCAUCAGCUCUACACGGACCCAGACAGCGGGUUGAUCACUGUGGCUGAGUCUGUGGGUGUGAAGUUGCUGCCCCCCAGGAAGAAAAUCACAGUGAUGCUGAUGGGAAACCACUCUGCAGGGAAAAGCUCCUUCAUCAACUGGUACGUGGAGGAGCACAUCCAGCGCACAGGAGUGGCCAUCGAGACUCAAGGCUUCAGCUUCAUCACCAGCGGACGCAAGAGGGAAUCUCUCACGGGAAACGCCACCCUCCACCUGUACCCACACUUCAAGCCUCUGCAGGAGUUUAAAGGUGUUUCCGAGUACCUGAGCACAGAAGUCUGCACGUCGAGGCAGAAGCGUUUCAGCCUGGUGACGUUCGUGGACUCUCCGGGUCUGGUGGACGGCGACAUGAAGUAUCCGUUCGACGUGGACGAGGUCAUCAUGUGGCUGGGUGAUCUCUGUGACCUGAUCCUGGUCUUCUUUGACCCCAUGGGUCAGGCUCUGUGUAAACGCACACUCAACAUCGUGGAGAGACUGAAUGAAAAACACGGAGACCGACUUCGCUUCUACCUGAGCAAAGCCGACGAGGCCGGAGGAGAGUCGGACCGACAGAGGGUGAUGAUGCAGAUCGUCCAGGAGCUUUGCAAGAGGCCGGGACUCAACAAAUGUGGCUUUGACAUGCCCACAAUCUACAUUCCCAACCCCAGCAAGCCGAGUCGCUGCGUGAACCAGAUCGAGGAGGUUUGUCGCACGGUGGAGAAAACCAUCAACCAGACGGUGCAGAACACGCUGAACUCCCUGGAGAACGACUGCGAGCUCAUCAGCGAGGCCAUCGAGGACACGCUGGACAACGACAGACAGACGUCCUCUCAGAACCGGAGGUCUCGCUGUAAGAGCUGCUUCCUGACUCUCCUGGGGUUCUGCGUCCCGCUCUGCCUCAUGGCCUUAGUGGUUCUGGGUUCCAUGUCCCACGAGUUCCUGCAGGCGUCGCUGGGACACGAGGGUCUGGAGGCUCUGAAGCUCUACGUGGAGCCUGUAGCGAACUUAACUAAGUCGAUGCCGAUGGAGCAGCAGCUCUACGUCUACGGGGGACUCGUCCUUCUCUCCUUCCUCCUGCUCCUCAUCUCUCGCUUCUCCUUCAGGACUCGACCGACUCUUUCGGGGAAACAGAAGCGGCAGCUGCAGGAGAAGCUUGAAUACGUCCAGGAGGUCGUCAAGACCAAGAAGAAGAAGCUGUAUGAAGAGUAUCUGCGGCAAAGUGUCAGCGACCAGGACAUGGAGCUUUAGAGACGAUUCUCACUCUGCGGUUUAUUUUUGUUGGAAACACACGGAUCCUUUCAGAUCCUGUUUGUCUGUUAUUUGUUACCUCCAGGUACAAAUGGUUCAACUACAUCACUCGGGACUGAUCACUUAACUUGAAGCAUUUAUACCUAUAAAUCCUGUGCCUCUUUUCUUCUCAAACCACUAUAUGAUAUUUAACCUUUCCAGACUAUUUAUAGCUUCACUUCACAAGAGAAACUGUAUUUUGGUUUAGUGGCAUCGAGCGUCACCGGCUCUUUUUUUUAUACCGAACUCUGAUACUCGGAGACGUUUUUGUGUCUCGCAUCAUGAACACGAACGCAGCACUUUCCAGCAUCAAACCUGUUACCAGAGACCAACGUUUUGUAUUUUCUUUCUACCAUCGUGACCAUGUUUUAAUAAGAACUCGAUUAAAUAAAAAGAUGUUCAGUACAAGAA